AUUCUGAGUCCUCCUGCAUCUGAAGACUUGCAGAACUUCCGCGUUAGGUCCCCUAUCUGACCAAAACAAAACGUCACGUGUUCACUCGCGGAAACUGGCGCGUUGACGUCACGUGGGGCUAGGAAAUGUAGUCCUAUUUCGCAGCAGCCUAAUGCAUUGUUUUUUUUAAGUGAGGAAAAGAUAGCUGUUGCCUGUUUAUGAAGAACAAUGUGGACUCAAUCUCCCCUUCUCCAUAAAAAGAUAAAUGUCGCCAUCAUCGAAUACACCAGCUGCGAUCCAGUUGACGUGUCCCUGUGUGGUCUCUGCUUUCUUAUGAUGGACUACUGGUGGCUGACUCCUGCCUCACCCCUGCUCUCAUCGUGCAGACAAACGGGCCUGAGAGACACACAGAUGACUCGAGAGGAACGGCCUGCACGGAAGUUGAUCUUGAUCAGCUGCUGGUCCACGUGGCUUCCUCUGCUUCGUCCUUGGUGCCUUCAGGAUCUGAUAAAGCAACUUCUAUCAUAGGUUUCCUGUGAUGUUGCAGCUGCAGACAUCAUGAAGCCUGUUGGGGUUGCAUUGCCCCCACAUUUCUCAGUUCCAUCAAAGUAGCAGCCUAACUUCCAAAACUGCGAGUGAUGCACGCUGCACACGGUGUGUGUGUGUAGUGUGAGCCAGAGCCAUCCGUGUGUGUGUGUGUGUCUGGAGAGAGAGAGAGAGACAUAGACUGAGCCCCUAACACGGAGCAUGCCUCUGCGUCCGGCAGCCGGCAAACAUGAGCCACCCAGCCCUCCACGGCAGGACCAGCGGCAGCAGCACACACACACACACUCACCCACAUUCACACACCCUUACACACACACAGCAAACGGCAGCCAGGGGGCCAGCACUGACAGCGGCAGCUCCCGGGAAGAGGACAGCGGCGUUCCCAUUCCAGCUUUCUGUCCCGUUGCUGAGCGGAGCCACAGUGCCAGAGCACCCAUGGAGGAGCCGACAGGCAACACGGUGGUCAUCCGCAUUGGAAUCCCAGACCUGCAACAGACGAAAUGCAUGAAAUUCAAUGUGGAUGCUCCUAUCUGGCUGUCGAAGCAGCAGAUCCUGUGUACUCUCAACCAGAGCCUGAAGGAUGUACUGAACUAUGGCCUCUUCCAGCCGGCCUACAACAGCAAGGCUGGCAAGUUUCUGGAUGAAGAGAGACAGCUAAGGGAAUACCCCUUCCCCUCCAUCGCUCCUGUACCUUACCUGGAGUUCCGCUAUAAAAGACGUGUCUACACUCAGACUCACCUGGAUGAAAAGCAGCUGUCGAAGCUCCACACCAAGGCAAACCUGAAGAAGUUCAUGGAGUAUGUGCAGCUGAGGAACAUUGAAAAGGUCUCAAGUUUCCUGGAGAAAGGCCUGGACCCCAACUUCCAUGAUCCAGAUACAGGAGAAUGUCCUCUAACGCUGGCAGCACAGCUGGAGGGAUGUGCAGAGCUCAUCAAGGUGCUGAAGAGUGGGGGGGUGCAUCUGGACUACAGAACAAAAGAUGGCAUUACUGCCCUACACAAGGCUGUGCGCAGCAAGAACCAUACAGCGCUUAUAGUGACGCUAGACUUGGUGGCAUCGCCUGACUAUAAAGACAGUAGGGGGUUGACUCCACUCUAUCACAGCUCCAUGGUGGGAGGAGGACCCUACUGCUGUCAGCUGCUGCUGCACGACCAUGCCCAGGUCGGCUGUGUGGACGAGAACGGCUGGCAGGAGAUACGACAAGGCAUGCGCUAUGGCCACGUUCAGCACUUGGAGCACCUGCUGUUCUACGGAGCCGACAUGAGCUCCCAGAUAGCAUCUGGAAACACCGCCCUCCAUGUGUGUGCUCUCUACAACCAGGACAGCUGUGCACGAGUUAUCCUGUUCCGGGGGGCCAAUAAAGAAAUAAAGAACUACAACAGCCAGAGCGCCUUUCAGGUGGCUAUUAUAGCAGGAAACUUUGAUCUGGCUGAAAUCAUAAGUCACAAAGUAUCAGAUGUUGUGCCUUUCAGGGAGACCCCCUCUUACACCAGCCGUCGACGUAUGACAGCGGGACCCCUGCCCUCGCCACGAUCUCUGCUCCGCUCUGCGAGUGACAACAACCUGAACGGGGACCACGAUCACAUCCACGGUCGCCCCAGAGAACCUCGCGGCCGGCAGGGUCACUCCCCCGUCCCCUCACUGCGCAGCCUGCCAGCUUUCGGUCAGCAGCACAGCAGCCUCGGAGAGAGCCGUCAUGGAGAGAUCCCUGACAGCAGUCUCCAGAGCACAGGCAGCUCCAGAUCCUCCCAUUCCCGCUCGCCUUCGCUACAUCACAUGCACGAGGAGGACAGGCCGGUCCCCAGGAGGUCCCACAGCCAUGGAUACCCUCAUGGACACAGCCAUCGUGGAAGACUCAGCCCUGGCUCAGUGCAGCGAGACCCAAGCCCCCCACAUCACACACCCCCAGCACUGACAGGCCCCCGCGGGCCCAAACGGAAACUCUACAGCGCUGUCCCGGGACGUACCUUCAUCGUGGUCAAGCCCUACACGCCACAGGGGGAGGGAGAGAUCCAACUCAACCGAGGAGAAAGAGUCAAAGUGCUGAGUAUAGGGGAAGGAGGAUUCUGGGAAGGCACUGUCAAAGGGAGGACAGGAUGGUUUCCAGCAGACUAUGUGGAAGAAGUUCAGAAGAGGCUUGACCCGCGGCUAGAGACUCGGGAGGACCGCACUAAGAGACUGUUCAGACACUACACUGUGGGAUCCUACGACAACUUCACCUCAUACAGUGACUAUAUCAUAGAAGAGAAAAAUGCUGUUUUGCAGAAGAAAGAAAACGAGGGGUUUGGCUUCGUCCUGCGGGGAGCCAAAGCUGAGACGCCCAUCGAGGAGUUCACCCCCACCCCAGCGUUCCCCGCCCUUCAGUACCUGGAGUCUGUGGAUGUGGAGGGAGUGGCCUGGAGGGCUGGUCUGAGGACAGGAGACUUCCUCAUUGAGGUGAACGGGGUGAAUGUAGUUAAAGUGGGCCAUAAGCAGGUGGUGUCCCUGAUCCGGCAGGGGGGCAACCGGCUGCUGAUGAAGGUGGUGUCCGUCACACGCAAGCCUGAGUCUGAGGAGGUCGUCCGCAAGAAAGCUCCCCCGCCACCCAAGAGAGCCCCCAGCACCACCCUGACGCUGCGCUCUAAGUCCAUGACCGCUGAGCUGGAAGAACUGGCUUCUGCUCGGAGGAGAAGAGGAGAGAGACUAGAUGAGAUGUUGGCAUCACAGGAGUCUAUCUUGCGUUCUCAGCCCUCAGAGGCAGAUUACAGAGCAGCUACUGUCAAACAAAGGCCUACCAGCAGGAGAAUUACACCAGCAGAGAUCAGUUCACUGUUUGAGAGACAAGGGAUGACUCUACAUGGAGGUCUGCACCCCGGCAUUGAGAGAGGUCACAUACCGCUACCCAAGGGGAUGUCCAGGACCAAGUCUUUUGGUGCCACUGAGGAGGAUCGGCUGUCGGUCCUUGCAGCCGAACACAGGUUUCCCCGCAGUUCCUCUAUGACAGACAGCCUCCGAGAACACUCUCAGCCCCAUCCCAUCCCUCCACCUCCACAAACUGCACCUCCUCCUCCUCCCUAUUACCUGGACACUGGUCCUCCUCCAGCCUUUUGUCCCCCUCCUCCCCCAUCUAGGACCCACAGUCAGGGCCAUGAGCCUGGAGGACGCUCCAGCUUCAAGCCUUCAUCUUUGGAUCUGCCGUACGAGGCCGCUCAGCGACAGGCCACACACUUAGAGAGACAGAAGAAAGCGCGCUCCAUGAUCAUCCUUCAGGACUCUUCACAUCUACCUGUAGAACCGACAGAAAUCCCCCGUCCUUCUGCUGCUAUUCCACCGGAGCGAAUCAAAAGGAAGGGUCGGGUUAUUGACAACCCUUAUGCCAAUGUGGGUCAAUUUAGUAUUGGACUGUUCACACCCACCAAGCCCCAGAGGAAGAAAAGUCCACUGGUGAAACAGCUACAGGUGGAAGAUGCACAAGAAAAAGCCAGUUUGGCCUUAGCUGCUGCCCACUCCCGAGAAAGCUCUCCCUCAGGACGACACUCACACACCCAUGGACACACACACACCAGCCGUGCAGACUACUACCAGCAGCAGCUGAAGGCUGAGCGAGAGCGUCUGCGUGCCCAGGGAGAGAUGAUGUUUCAGGGGAAGGGUCCCUUCGCCGCUGCUAUAGCUGGAGCAGUGAAAGAUCGUGAGCGUCGUCUAGAAGAACGGAGAAAAUCCACUGUCUUCCUUUCCGUUGGGACUAUGGAGGGGGCUUCCUUAGCCAGCUCUGACUCCCCCUCUCUGACUCAGUCUCACUCCAUCGAUGAACGGAUGCUCACCCGAGAGCUGGGACAGCUGCCUCCCCCUGCCUUGGCUCUGAGCCCCUCACCUAGUGGGACCACCUUUAUCCAUCCGCUCACAGGAAAACCCCUGGACCCUAACUCUCCACUGGCUCUUGCGCUGGCCGCAAGGGAGAGAGCACUGACCUCCCAGAGCCCGACGGGCAGCCCUGAGCCGAGGACUAAACAGGAUCGAGCAGGCCAUGGCGUGUUGUUCAUGGACCCUCAGACCAAAGAGUCUCCACAUGGGGAAGGGGCUACCACAACUCCCCCUUUUUCACCUAAAAGCGCCAAGGCAGGGGGGUAUGGAGUUGUUUCCUCCCCGACAUCUAUUUUAGUUCCCCAGCCCACCAAACCACAGUGGGUCACAUCACAGUCACCGGUAUCUUUCCGGCAGGAGAUGGAGGCCAGAGUAGAGGAGAGGAAGGAGGAGAAGAGACUUGAGGAUAAAAAUAGUAUGUUGAUCAGUAUUAUGGACACGUCACAGCAGAAAACAGCAGGGCUUAUUAUGGUCCAUGCUACCAGUAACGGCCAGUCAGUCGGGGUAGAUCCACACCUAGAACAGACACCUGCCCCCACGUCCACAGAGCCCAGCAAGUCUCUAAGUCCAAGGGCUAAAUCCCCCAGCCCCUCUGCCUCGCAGCCCCAGGCCCAGCUCCAGGCCCAGCCUCACACUCAGCGUCCCGCCAGUCCAGCGCAGGACAAGAGUCUGGCUCAGGGCAGCUCCGAGGAGGACGUGGACCCCUACACCGUGACCCUGCCUCCUGCAAUGUUGUCCUCCAGCGAUGAGGAAACAAGAGAAGAGCUUCGUCACAUUGGAGUUCUUCCACCACCCGAUGAGUUCGCUAAUGGCAUGCAGGCACAGGGGACGCCAACUCUACCUGCCUCCUCUCCCACCACCCCUACAACACCAACGCCCCAAACUCCGUCAUCCCCAAAAACUCCAACUGUGAUGCCCACCCAGCCUCAGCCUCCCCAGCUGGCACCUCCACCCAGUGCAGCAGCUGUCUCAGGGAAGCCCUCUGACCCUCUGGAGCCCCCACCGGUGGGUGAGUCCAGCUCUGCGGCUGACUCAGGUGUGGAGGAGGCCGACACGCGCAGCUCCAGUGACAGAGAGCGAGACCACCAUCUCGAGACCACCAGCACCGUCUCCACAGUUUCCAGCAUGUCCACCCUGUCCUCAGAGAGCGGCGAGCCUGCAGACACACACACCACGCACACCUCCUACGCCGAAGGGCUGACUUUUGUGCUCGACAAGCCGCCAGUGCCUCCUAAGCCCCGACUCAGGUCCCAGAUAGGAGGCAGUAAAGGCCCCGUCACCUUCAGGGACCCUCUACUGAAGCAGAGCUCCGACAGCGAGCUGCUCUCACAACAACAGGUUGCUGCCCUGGCUGCUGCUGCUGCAGGCGGAGCUGGGCUGCCCUUCGGCGGCUCGGCCUCAGUGACAGGACUCGGCCCCACCAAGCCGCGCUACCUCUUCCAGCGGAGGUCCAAGCUGUGGGGGGACCCAGUGGAGCCUCGUGGGCCAGGGGUGGGGCUAGGUAUUGGGAGUUUGGGAAAUCUAGGCGGGCUGGGAUUGGGACUCGGUGGAGAUGAUGGAGCAAAACCUUCUGUUAUGGGAGAGCUCAGUUCACGGCUACAGCAGCUAAAUAAAGACACUAGGUCACUGGGAGAGGAGCCGCUGGGAGCAUCACUUGACCCGGGGAGAAAGUCACCUGUGGCAGGUGCCAGACUUUUCAGCAGCCUAGGCGAGCUCCACACCAUUUCUCAGAGAAGUUAUGGCACCACCUUCACCAUCCGCCCUGGCAGCCGUUACCCUGUCACCCGACGCAGCCCCGGUUCAGGCUCCCCUGAUCGGGGUGACCCAUUCGGACGAUACUCAGGCUUCGGCCUACCGACCUCACCGACUACACCCCCACAAACCAUCCUCAAAUCCUCCAGCCUCAGCUUACCCCAGGAGCCUAAAGAGGUCCGCUUUGUGAUGAGGAGCUCCAGCGCCCAUUCCCAUUCCCGCUCUCGCUCUCCGUCCCCAUCCCCCUCCAAUUCUCCCGGGCUAGGGUCACCACUUUUAGCCCUCCGGCCCUUUCACCAGAAACCCCUCCACCUCUGGAAUAAGUAUGACGUUGGAGACUGGCUGGAGAGCAUCAAUCUGGGGGAGCACAGAGCAGGGUUUCAGGAACACGAGAUCGAAGGCUCUCACCUCCCAGCUCUGACCAAGGAUGACUUUGCAGAGCUGGGAGUGACGAGAGUGGGACACCGCAUGAACAUCGAACGGGCGCUAAAGAUGCUGCUGGAGAGCUGACCCCUGCCCUGAGACCCUGCAACAGAUGGGGAGAGAGAUAGAACGGAUAGAGUUGAUGAAAGAGAAAAGAUAGGGAUCACUCCUCUUUUAUUCUGGCUGCUUUUAUGUUCUGCAUCACAAAUGUUUACCUUAGCGACACCGUUAUGUUCCUGUCUGCAUUAACACCCUGCACUUGGCACUGCACUGAAGAGGAGGAGUCAUUCGUCACCCUCUACUUGCCAUAGUGUCUGCCCGCCUCUUAAUUAGAUCAGACCUCAAAACAAACUCUGGACUUUCUUUUUGCCGAGGAGAAUCGCAUGAGCUCCAAUUAAAACAUUUGAUUUGUGAAAGCUUCAGUUGGUCCCUCAGUAACACCCACACUUUCUCUCACCAUUCCCUUCUCUACCUCUAUCUAUUAGGCCUCUGACAGACGUCUGCAGUUUGAGUAAAAGAGGAGGAAGAAUUGUGUUCCCAACAGAAAGCUCAGUUGCCUUUCAAAAUAUUUAUACAGAGAUCAACAAUGAUGAACAAAGGACUAUGGACAUGAAACGGUGCGUCUUCUCUACACCUACUGUUGUUUUUAAACCGAAGACUUUGGAGCCCAGAGGUGGAGCUCCACCCAGUAAACCACGGGAGAACACCCUCCCGUACCCCUCCGCCUUGGUACUGUGUUAUCUAUUAUAUUUGGAGAAUGUUUAACCAACACUCGUGGCUUUUUUCAUAAUCAAUUUUUUGGUUUUCCAAAGGGAAUAUUAUAUAAAUAUAUAUAUAGGUAUUAUAUAAUAUGAUAUAUAUGUAUCUAAAUAUAGCUUUCAAAAGAAAAGACAAUGUUGCAAAGAGGUAAUGUAAUAAAUUAAUCUGCGCCUGUUUUUGUUUUUUAGUAUAGAAGGCAGCGAGAAACCUUAAAACGUAUUCCACCGGUAGCUUACUCAUUUCUACCAAUUAUAUACAUAUAUAUAAAUAUAAAAAUAUAUAUUUGAAAUUUUAAAAAAAGUAUAUAGAUAUGGAAAUUAAUUUUUUGUCAUAGGUAUACAACUUUCCUUAUGGUCACCCUUUAUUGAACUGUAGCAUGACGAGUUGCAUCAUGUCUUGGACAGAGAGUUUGAUGUUUGUUUUUAUUUUCUUACGGUCUUCCUUCAUACUAAAGGGCAUCCUGUAAUGUGAGGCUGAGACCCCCAGGGGCCACCCAUCCCUACGGCUUCAACUACAGACCCCACUGAGCUUAUUCAGAUCCUGCUUUGGACCAUCUUAUGAGACAGCUAACUGGUAAAAGGGGCUCUUCAUGUUUUGCCCGUUUAUCACUCAGGGAUGGAAGUUUGGGGCACUAGCAUGGAGAGAUUGUCAGCUGUUGUUUUAAUAAUACCCAUUUAAUUCUACCUGUGAGGACAAUUUAACACCACCACAGUCUGAAAAAUGUUAGGCUGCGUUAAAAUUUCCAUCCCUGUGACCCCUGAUGAUGCCUUCAGAGCAGGCUGCACAUGGUCUACUAUACAGUCGUGGAGGAAGGAAACUCUGGGAUGUUUCUCAUCACCAGAAGAGAGGAAAUCUCUUUCAGAUUUUAAGAAGGAAACUACCAGAAAACCAAGUGUGUGAACCUGGCCAAAUUGAGCUUUAAGUGUUAAAAUAAAGGUAAUCUCUUACUUAAAACCAACUGUUACCUGGAAUAUAACUAACAACGUGUGGCUUAAUGAGCUAGACAUGUGUGUGACCUUCUGAAAUGCCAGUGCAGGAAUGUGCAUGUAGUUUAUCAGGCUGUGUGGAUGGGGAUGCCUCUGUAAGGUCUUAAAGAAAAUUCAGCAUUUUACAACCUGACUUGUCUUGCAACAUUGCUGCUUUCCUCUAUCUCUGCAAGUGAGUAAAGUAUUAUCAUAAACCGUGGCAGCAACAACUCUACAAAUAAGACCCAGGUUGUAAAAAAGUCCAAUGAAUUUUUCUUUAACAAUACAAAAUCUACAAUUGUACUCAUUGUAGCUUCUGCUGGCAGUGAGAAACAGUGAGUUUUAUUCACGCAACAAAAAGCAUUUUAUCCAUAGCUUUAGGCGGCCAGGUGAGAGACCUCCGUGCAUCAGCAGCAUCCAGUCAGCGCGCCAAGGCACUUUCACUUGGCAAGAAGUCGUGUGCAUCUUUUUUCUUCUUUUAUCUCUUUCAUUUCCUGCUGUUUAUCAGUUUGUAAUACGGGUGGUGAAUAUAAUGUUGUACCUGGGUUGUAGGAAUAGCACUCACUGCCUCACUGUGACCUCACUGAUUAUUUGUACUCCGGUGUUACGCUAUGUCCUCUGACUCAUUUGGACUUUUUGUGUUAAUUGUUAUUUUUCUAAUUUAUUUUUCUUUCUUUGAUGAUUUGUUACCCUCGGACACUGGGUAGAUUUUGUAGCGUAUGGAACAUGAUACUUUAAUCUUUCACUCAUUAGAAUUUUAGAGUGACAGAAAAAAGACAGAAAAAACGAAUAUCCUGUCCAUUCUAAACAUACUUAGGCUACACUUGUAAAAAUGAACAAAAGAUGUCUUUUUUUUAACUCACAAGCAAUGUAUAUAUGAUAGAUUUCAUAUAAAUUUUUGAAAAACAAAAGUAUAUAGAUCUAUAUAUGAAUGUUUGGCAUAUAUGCAUAGUUAACCACCUGUGGAAAGGGUGAGCAGAUUUUAUUCUUUCUAUGAACUCUUAAAACUUUUGAACUCUGAACUAUGAACUAGGGGAUGAUUUGCACAAAACAAGGUGACAAGGUGCUAACAUAAAAGCCACCCAUCGUCCAAGUGCAUGCGUGCAUCUGGAUUCCCUGAAACUCUGUGUGGUUGUUCCUCUCCACCUUGUGUGUACGACUGUGUGUGUGAAUGUUUGUUUCCAUUUGUGUGUGAAUUUGUUUGAGAGAGACGAUGAUGCCUGUGACAGUGAGAGUGUACGGAUGAUUGUUAGGGUUUACAUCUUUGGAGCUAGUCCACUUUAGCCUUACUGUAUAACCAUCAGAGAUUCCCGGCAGUGGCUGUGUCACACAAACACGCACAUAAACAACACACACAUAUAGAAAUACACACAUCUUCUACAGAUUGACCCUCAUUGUUCUGCAUUCUUGUGUUGUACUGAGUGAAGUCUUCAGAAAGUGGACUGCUCUGCCAAUAGGGACAGGCAGACAGACGGACAGAUUACCGCAGGGUUUGGAAGGAAACCAUCGAGACAUUUUGUAUUGCAAGACGACUUUAAGUCCCCCUGUGACUGUAGGUACAGUUUAUGCAGUGUCACUGUUUCGUACACCCCUUCCCAGAUGGCGUCUGCGCUCCUUACCCUCCACUCUGUCCGGCAGCACUCCUUUUUCCUUUUUCAGACCUUCAGUUUCUGAGUUUUGGAUAUGAGGUGAUCCAGUGAGGAACAAACACAAAGGAAAAAUGUGCCAAAAAAUAACUUUCAACUGUAUAUUUGUCUUUGCUUUAGGACUAUCUAUAGUUACAGCAUUCUUGAGCUGUUAGACUCAAUAAUAUGGUGCCAUCUCCUGGAAAUCUUGAGAACUACAGAACUACUACUAGCUCCUUCUGUAUUUAGUACAGGUGGAAAUACAGUCACUGUUAUUAUUUUGUAAAGAAGCAGGCUAUAUUGUUUAUAUUAAUAUACAUACAUAUAUAUAAUAGCCUGUGUAUAUCUACCUGUGAGCUUUGCAUUAACAUUUCUAUUUACAUUUUGAGACAAAGUAUCACAAAUGAUUUUACUGUGACGGAGCUUAUUAUCCAGUUUGCCGUACUGUUCCCAUAUAAAGAGAAACACUUGAAAGGUGAAUGUGUACAGUCUGAACGCACACAAGCUGGCCUGGUCAUACGAAACUGUAAUGAAGACCCGGUCAGAUGGUAGUGGAAGUGCACCGCAAAUGCAACGUGUAACAGACUUACACAUGAAAAGGUGAAAUAAGUUCAGUGAAAGGUUAUCUUUGUCUUGUUUUCUAAUCAACAAAGCACAAUCUAAAUAGUGUAGGGGGAGCAGUGUAACCUUUCAAAAAACACACUGGGGUCCGGUCACCCGCUGGAACCAGUGAUCUUAUCGUCAGAGGGGUUUUUCUUUCAUUGUUGGUUUUCUCCUUGUUUGCACUGUGAAGUUUAGAAUGGUGGAUGUAUCACUGCAACGCCUCAGCCUUGUCUCACAGGUGAACUUCCCCUUUCAGCGUCCGAUGAGCAGGCAAACAUUUCUCCGAGCGACCUCCAGACACUUCUAAGCAUUAGAAAUCCCCUCUCCAUUUUAAUACCUGAAAGCGAAAUAAAAGUGAACCAGAAGCUACCUAGUGUUCCUCAUCCAAACAGAUAAGGAUGAUAGUGAAGGUUGAGGCAAGAUCUGAGAUGUUGCCCAGGAUAUCUCCACCACAGAGAUAUAUGUUUGUUAUAUUAUGUAAUACAUUUAUAAUUAAAACAUGAACUGCA